AUGGAGGAUAAACCAAUGGCAGACAUUUUGAAAUUGUUUCAGAGAGAGACUUAUGGUUUCCCCCAUGACAAGGUCAUCCUUGAUGAAGAUGGCAACACUCUACAGGUUGGGGUCCUGGAUGGACGACUCGUGCCCCCGUUUGGCGAGAAAAGUUUUCGGAAAAUUCGAGACAUGGCCAUCAGAGAUGACGAUAUCAUCCUUGUGGGAUACCCUAAAACAGGUUGUCACUGGACCUGGGAGGUCCUGUCGAUGAUUGUGGCUGGCAAAGCCGGACACUCGGUGAUGGGCAAGAAUGUUUGUUUCAUGGAGGUGGCCCCGCUGGACUUGCUUGACCAGGUUCCAUCUAGACGGAUCCUCAAUACUCAUGUCUGGUUUGAUUACUUCCCUAAACAGGUAACGGAGAAGAAAACAAAGAUUGUGUUCACAGUGAGAAAUCCAAAAGAUACAGCAGUUUCGUAUUACAAUCAUCACAUUUCGUUGUUCCAAGGACAAAGAUACAAUGGACCAUUCAAUAAAUGGUUUCCACUUUUUAUGGAAGGCCAAUUGGACUAUGGUUCCUAUUUUGACUAUCAUCAAGAAUGGGAUCAAGUUAUCAAAAACAACCCAGGCUUGCCAAUCUUGAUUGUUUCAUACGAAGAUAUGAAAGAGGACCUGCCCCGGGAGAUCAGAAAACUGGCAGAGUUCGUUGGCUCAACUUUGAGCGACCAGCAGGUAGAGGAGAUUGCCCAGGCUGCAGGAUUUGAGACCAUGAAGAAAGCUCUGGAAGCCAGCGUCUCGCACAGAUUGCUGAGAAAAGGUCAGGUGGGAGACUGGAAGAACUGGCUGACCGUUGCCCAGAGUGAGAUGGUGGACGCCGCCGUUGAGGAGAAAUUGAAAGGCACACGGUUUGCCUCACCAAGAUAUACUAUAUAA